GUAUAAGACUUGUGAAUUCCACUGAUGAUUUAGGUCAAAAUUUCAAUACACCAGAACAGUUGAAGAAACGAUUUACACCGACCACUUCACCAACAUCAUCACCAUCAUGCUCGAUGAUAUUGGUCGUCGGUCGAGGAAUAAUUGAGUCAGAGAAUAUUCGUGAAGAAGCUGUAAAAUAUCGUUUACCAUCUUUUCAAUAA